CAUGUCAAUAUUCAUGCAGGCCUUCUCAGUAUGGGCAAUGCAAUGAGAUCAGUGGAUUUUCUUUCUUUAGUAUUGCCUGGAGCCUAAAAAUGAAGCUGAUUGCAUCAAUAAUAUUCAAGAGUUCUUGAAAGGCUGCACACUUCUGAAAGUGGAGGUGUUUGAUCCACAUGAUUUGUACACUGGAGAUCAGUUCUCCAAGGUCCUGAGCACAUUAACAGCUGUAAAUAAGGCUACUGAAGUAUUUUCAAGGCAGAAUUCCAAACAUGGUCCCUGGACUUGCACACCCAGCACAGGGAUUCCUGCAGACUGCUCUGUUCUGCUUUUGAGGUCCAUGGACACAUGUGGUCCCCACUGCAGGUGGAAAACUGCAACACUGGAAUGCAGAAAGGUCCUAGAAUCUGAAGAGAAGCUACAAGACCAAUCUUAAAGAUCAGCUGUUAAAAGGGCCAUGUUCACAUCUGUCCUCUGAUAACUCCGCGGCUGGAGACCCCCAGAGUGACUCCAAGGGCACAGCCUCCCAGUCAGCAAGGGUGUUACGGAGGCAGUCCAAGCCUGUGGAGAUGACCGAGAAUGGCAGUCACCAGCUGGUGGUAAAGGCCAGGUUCAAUUUUAAGCAGACCAAUGAGGAUGAACUCUCUGUUAACAAAGGAGACAUUAUUUAUGUCACUCGAGUUGAAGAAGGGGGCUGGUGGGAAGGCACCUUGAAUGGAAAAACAGGCUGGUUCCCAAGCAACUACGUCAGAGAAAUCAAAUCUACCGAUAAACCACUCUCUCCCAAAGCAUUGAAAGGGCUAGAAAACACUCAGAUGACAAAGAAUUAUUACCCUGUGGUGUUGCAAAAUAUUCUGGAAACAGAACGAGAUUAUGCAAAGGAACUACAGUCACUUCUGGGAACUUACUUAAGACCCCUCCAGUCUUAUGAUAAGCUCAGCACUGGGGACAUCACAGCAUUGCUGGGAAACAUGGAAGAAAUCUCUGCUUUUCAGCAAACACUGAACCAAGCCUUGGAAGAAGUUGCAAAGCUCCCUGAGAACCAGCAGCGUGUGGGAGGCUGUUUCAUCAACCUGAUGCCCCAGUUCCGCUCCCUGUACCUGACCUACUGUGCUAACCACCCUUCAGCAGUGAACGUCCUCACCCAGCACAGUGAUGAGCUGGAGAAGUUCAUGGAGAGCCAAGGUGCGGCCAGCCCAGGCAUUCUCAUCCUGACCACAAGCCUCAGCAAACCCUUCCUGAGGCUGGAUAAAUAUGUGACACUGCUGCAGGAGCUGGAGCGGCACAUGGAGGAGGCGCAUGCAGAUCAUGAAGAUGUUUUGAAAGCCAUCACAUCCUUCAAGUCCCUUGUGCUUACAAAGCUCUGCUGUGAUUCCCAGUCACAAUGCCAGGAGCUGAGGAAGAGGAAACAACUUGAGCUGCAAAUCCUUUCUGAAUCCAUCCAGCGUUGGGAAGGAGAGGACAUAAAAAUGAUGGGAAACGUCAUCUACAUGUCCCAGGUUAUGGUGCAGUCUGGGGGAAGUGAGGAGAAAGAGGAGCGGUAUUUCUUGUUAUUUUCCAAUGUUUUGCUGAUGCUGUCUGCAAGCCCACGGAUGAGUGGGUUCAUCUAUCAGGGAAAGCUGCCUUUGACAGGAAUGAUGCUGACAAAGCUGGAAGAUGCCGAAGGGAAUGAGCACAUGUUUGAAAUCACAGGGAACAUGAUGGAGCGGAUCACUGUGUCCUGCAGCACCAGCCAGGACUUGCACGAAUGGCUUGACCACUUGCAAAGGCUGACCAAAGGGACAUGCAGCACCGUCUCCAAAACACAGUCCUGGAGCCCUCAUUCGACAUUUAGUUCAGCUGGGCAGAUCCGUGGGCCUCUGGAACCCCCCAAAAUCCUCAAGCCCUGGAGCUUGAGCUGCCUCCGUCCUGCUCCUCCACUCAGACCUUCAGCAGCACUGAGUUACAAAGAGAGGAUGUCUUAUAUCUUAAAGGAUUCUAGCAAAAGUCCAAAAACAAUGAAGAAAUUUCUUCCAAAAAGGAAAACUGAGAGAAAACCAUCUGAUGAAGAGUUUGUUAUUCGGAAAAGUACUGCUGCGCUAGAGGAGGAUGCUCAGAUCCUGAAGGUGAUUGAGGCAUACUGUACUGGGGCAGGCUUCCAGCAAGCUCUCAGCUCAGGCUCCCGUAAAGACUCCAUCCCCCAAGUCCUUCUUCCUGAGGAAGAGAAGAUCAUCAUAGAGGAGACACGAAGCAAUGGCCAGACGGUCACAGAGGAAAAAAGCCUUGUUGACACAGUUUAUGCACUGAAAGAUGAAGUCAAAGAGCUGAAGCAGGAAAACAAAAGGAUGAAACAAUGUUUGGAGGAAGAGCUUAAAUCCAGGAAGGACUUGGAGAAGCUGGUGAGAAGGCUGCUGAAACAGACAGAUGAGUGUGGCAGGGAGGACACCGGGCGCAAGUCAUCUCUGAUUGCUUGAAUUCAUGGAGAAGCUCCUGGCAGUGGUGUGUGACCUCAGGUGUAUUUUUGGGAAGUGGAACCGGAUCCUUUGCCUCUUUUUGCUCCUUAUUUUGUUGGUUUGGGGUAUUUUGUUACCAAAAAAAAAAAAAAAAAACCCUCAACAAAAAAGUCAUAGAGAAAAAAUAGUUUUUCUUCCAUCCAGUAAGGAAAUAAAGCAGAAACAAUCAAUCACAACGGAACCAGUAAGCAAGCAGUCCAUGAUUCACAAUUCAUCUGCAGCAACUAAUACCUCAUUGUACCUGCUACUGGGAGCAAAUACAAACUCUGCUAGUGAUUGUUGCUCACAAAGGCUUGGACAGCAGUUUCCUAGAAGAAGCUUAAGCACUUUUUAAUGCUUUCAUUCUUUCCAAAAGCACCAGUACCUAUUUAUUGAAUGAAAACGUUACUGAGGUGGUAUUGAGCAGAAACCAAAAAAGCAACAUGCUCCUCUUUUCAGAUAAUCACAACUGAGGAAGCUUUUCCCGUCCGUCUUCUUUCUCCCCAUUAGUUGACUGUAGCGAACUAGAGCCCAGCAAUACUGUGGUUCCUGUGUGGCCUUGAUACUGAUUAAAAUGUGCAAUUAACAUGAAGAUGUUUGAACUCCUUGGGGGAAGCCAGAUCUAGAGCACCUGUCAGAGCACAUAGGAAGGUAUUUUGCACAGUGAUGCCUCCUUACAGCUCGUGAUUAGCACAACAGGUAACUGCUGUUCUGCCCCCUUCCCUUUUCUUACACAUGAUGUAGAAUUCCUCUCCCCUGCUUUGUUUUCACAUUGAGUGUCCAGGUAUCCUAGGAGAUGAUAAUUUUGCUGUGCUUCCUCUUGCAGGACAUGCUUUUCUCCAUAUGAAAUGUAAACACUGCUUGACAAAAAAAGCAACCCCAAAUGUGCUGGUCCCCUGCUCCCUUCUGCCCUCUCCAUGCUUUCCAUCACUCCUUCCCAAAGGUUGGGAAUGUUGCCAGUGGCCACUUCUCCCUACAUCGCCCCACAGGCACUUUCUGCUAGGGAAAAGGAACUUUCUCUUGAGAUAGGGAAGGUAUUUAUGCUUUGACAAGAGCUGGAACGCUCCUGAGGCAAGGAUGUACAACACUCUCACAGAUUCCUGCACAGCUCCUUGAACACAGCAUACAGGCAACAUGCAUAUGUAUCAGCUCUCCUUAUCUUAUUUGGUGUUAUACCCUAGUUUAGAACUGGUGUUUUCCUUCCUUCCUUCCUUAACAGCAUUAUAAAAAUAACCUUCUGUUAAUUAUGUCUUAUUUAUCUCACAGGGCAGCAUGGUCCCAGGGUGUGCAGAGGCACCACAGCUCAUUACAGUCACACCAUUAUGUUGGUUGUGAAGGACAUAACAGAGGCAAUAAUUACAACUCUCUCCUUGCCAUUAAAAUUCAGCCAGGACAUUGCAAAUGGUGUUUCAGGAGUUAUAGACUCCAAAACAUCUCAAGGAGUGAAGUAAGAAACCCUCUUUAAAGGAUUUCUAGAGCAAAUUCUAUUUCUAGGGCAAAACAGAGGUCUGGCUACAUUUGCCAUCCCCAAAGCAGCUCAGCCAGAUGGCAGCUCCCCACAUCCCUCCUGGGCACACAGCUGAGUGAUUUGGUCAGCAGUCAAGCCCUGCUGUGCUUGUGAAUUGUUUUCCAGGCGUAGGACCUUUGCUGCACUUACUGCUGCUUGGGGAGGCCAUGCCCAGACCCCUGGGUACUGCCUGGCCCUGCUGCCUGCUCCAAGCUGGCCUGGGGACUAGGCUGCUGACAUGCAGAGAAAACCAAGGCCACUGACACUCCAGGGAGAGGGUGGAAAUGUGUCCUCACUGCCCCCAGGCUCAGUUGGAACCCAUGCUAUGUACAUAUGCAUGUUUGUGAGAUGUAAUGUGAUGCAGGGCACACUGGGACUUUUUGGAUCAAGCGUUUCUCAAGAGCUAGAAGCCAAAAAAAGACAAGAAAAUAAAAUAAAAAGGAAAAGAAGCCAUGCCAGAUGGACAGCAAUGUUUCCAUAUUUACUUUGUUUACAGUGCUUUGUAAAUAGGUUCCAGUGAGUCUGUCUUUAGAUGGAUGUUGUGUCAGCUGCCUUCCAGUGUAUCUUUGUCAUGUAGGUUUAUUUACUGUAAACUACUUAUGCAAGUUCAACUUUUCUAACAUGUUUUUAUUUUGAACAGUUUUUUAAUUGACAUUUUCAACAAAUAAAGGAUAAAAGUCACUUCUUA